AUGGACAUAAGCGACAACCCAUUAGCAGAGCUUCUUGCCAAUCAUCCUGACACAGAGAUUGACGAGAGACUAAAGCCUUCAAACAGUAAGAAAUCCCAAUCUAGCGAUAUCUCAGGUGGUCUCGGACCGAGAACAGAAUCAAUGACUUCGUUAACUGGUACACUUGUCACGAAAGGCGGAGAAAUUGUUAACGAAGACUUUAAGAAGGCAAGUGGCGAAUCAGAUCCGAUAAUUGUCUUUGAUGGAAAAUCCGAAUCUGAAGACAGUCAAAUUGGCUUAUCUGUUCGUCAACCAUCAUUCGUAUCAUUGCACGGACAAAUCAUACCUAAAGGAUCUGAUUCGUUGGAUGAUUUUGUGCCCGUUAUUGAAGAAGUCGCACCACUGCCUCUUCAAACACUCGACGAGCAAGAUCAGCCUGGCGACGAAGAUGAUCCUCAGAUACAAUUCAUUAAGGAAUUAAAAUCGAAAAACAUGUCGAGAUGGAAAGAAAUGGGAUACGAACCACCGGAUGACUUAAUUCCUCUUGCCCGUGCAGCAUCUCAAGCUGCAUUAAAUCGCAGAUUAUCUUAUACAGAUGAAAAUCAAUCUUCACUCUUUUCAGCUUCGCAAGAUAAUUUCCACGUUAAACUCGGAUCUUCCAAUGAGCCAUCGUUAGAAAAAAUUACAGAGGAGCCUGCUCCACAAGCAGCACCUUUAAAGCGCAGACCAAGGAGUGGAAGCUUUGGAAUGCAACUUGGAGAGGCAAGUCGUAGCUCUGAGCUCAUGAAGGAGAUCCUCAAUGAAAAUCCAGUUACAAUAGAAAUCAAUGCAAUGACUGAUGAAGAUCUUCCAACACCAUUUGCCGAAGAAAACGAAAUCGAAAAACAAAACGGCGAAGAAGAAGAAUACAACAAAGAAGAAAAUAUUAGUGAUGCCCCGGAACUAUUUGGAAGACUGAAUCAAAUAGUCAUGGACCCACCAGAAUCAGAUGUAAUCAGAUCUUUGCUCAAUGGAAAAAUUUCUUUACAAGACAACACUCCCGAACUCAGAUUAAAACUCCGUCAAUAUCUCAAUACAUGUUCGAGCUUACUUUGGAUAGCAGAAGCCGAGUAUAUUACGAAAGUUUUAGAUUCUUUCGAAAUUUACGAAAUUCCUUCUCCAGAAGCCAAAAUUGAAGAGAGAAUUAACAAUAUCAAUUCAGAGACUCAGAAGAUUGAGGAAGAAUAUCAGAAAAAGAAGAAACAAAUUGAAGAAGAAAGGGACUCGGUUUUUCAACAAGAGGCCAAGGAGUAUUCCGAACAGGUUGCUGCGUUAGAUGAGAAGUUUAACAACCAGGAUGAACUCCUAAAGAUCGCAAAACCUUCGAAAAAAUUACUUGACCUUAAAUGUAGGGCAAAAAGAGCUCUUGAACUUCGCCAUUUCGCCGAAGCUCAGAAUAUCAAUGACCAGGCUGUUAUUCUAGAAGAAAAAGAAUCAAAAGCAGCGAUGAAAAAGAUUCAACAAAAAUAUUACGAUCAGGACAACAAACUUAAGAGAGAUUUUGCAACAAGACACUCAGUUACAGAAAAGAAAUACAACUAUAUUCUUACAAAAUUCGAAGAAGAUUACAAAGCACAAAUUGAAGCUCAAAAGAAGGCAAAGGUAGUUGCAAAGAUAUCUUCAGAAACUAGAAAUACAAUGAAGAAGAUAACUUCUUCACCAAAAUCUCCGAAAUUGUCAAAAUCAGAAAAAGAAAAGAUAGUCCGUGAAGAACCAUCUAAAGCAGUUGCAGAAUCAUCAUUCUUUGCAACUGGUCGGUUGACAAUCCGCGCACCGAAACUUUUAGAUCGUUCGUCUGAUAUAAAGAUUAUUCAACAAAUGGCAUCUCAGAUGUCUAACGGAAAGUCAAAGAGAGAUCUCGAUGUUUCAAGCGCUUAUUCAAACAUAUCCCAUCAAUAA